CAUUUAUUAAAACAAAUUUCACGAAACGCUUGAAGCGAGCGCACGCGUUUUUCUCUUGAAAUUUUUUUUAACAAGACAGAAAAAAUACAUAAAAAUUAAAUAAAAAAAGAAAAAAUAUAGAAAAAUUAUAUUUUUUAUAAAAAAAAUAAAAAUCCAUAAAAAAUUUUCAUAUAGAAGUGUGUUGUUAUUGUUGCAAGAAAGAAAAGAAAAUAUUCCAUAAAUAUGAGUGAUAAAUUAGUGAAUAACGGUGGAACUGCCGGUGAGGAAACCACAUCUAAAAAAGAAGUUCGUGUUUGGUGUGAUGGAUGUUAUGAUAUGGUACAUUUUGGCCAUGCCAAUUCCUUAAGACAAGCCAAAGCUCUUGGUGAUAAAGUGAUUGUUGGCAUACACACCGACGAAGAGAUUGCCAAACAUAAGGGACCCCCGGUCUUUACCGAAGAGGAACGUGUUAAAAUGGUUAAAGGCAUUAAAUGGGUAGAUGAGGUAGUGCUGGGCGCUCCUUAUGUUACUACUCUGGAAGUUUUAGAUGAACAUAAUUGUGAUUUUUGUGUGCAUGGUGAUGACAUUACCAUGACUGCUGAGGGCGUUGAUACAUAUCAUUUGGUUAAAAAGGCCAAUAGAUACAAGGAAGUUAAACGCACAGCUGGUGUUUCCACCACAGAUUUAGUCGGUCGUAUGUUAUUGUUAACCAAAAAUCACUUCCAUCAAGGUUCUGCAGAAUAUGCCAUUGAAAAAGAAGGUUCUUCAAAUAUGGGUCAAGAUUCAGCCGCCAAAUCUCCCUGGACUGGUUGCAGUCAAUUCCUGCCUACUACACAGAAAAUCAUACAGUUCAGUGAUGGCAAAUCACCCAAACCGGGGGAUAAAAUUGUUUAUGUUGCUGGUGCCUUCGAUUUAUUCCAUGUGGGUCAUUUAGAUUUCCUGCAAAAAGCCAAAGAAUUGGGUGAUUAUCUUAUUGUUGGUUUGCACACAGAUCCCGUGGUCAACUCCUACAAGGGCAGUAAUUAUCCUAUCAUGAAUUUACAUGAACGUGUGCUCAGUGUGUUGGCGUGUAAGGUGAGUGAGAAAAGAAACUUUGACGAAUACCAAAAGACUAACCUAGACUCUAGA